AUGAUACCGACUUUCCCCUCCAGCCGUGUUUCUGUGUACAGCAUACCAGAUCCAUGCAACUCUGAGCAGACUGCAGGGCAGAAAAGUCCACAUAUUAACUGCUGCACAUCCUACCAAGAAGGCUUGUGUCAGAAGUACUAUUUCUUCAAGUGGAUGAGGUUGUGUUUCUGGAGAAGGUGGCUUCUAGGAAUAUUACCUAUAGUUUCUUUAAUAUUUACAGUAAUCAUGCUAGUCCUGAGCUAUUCAUUCUCUCCAGCUUUCUCCUCCAUUUACAUUGGUGGAAGUAUAGAAAUUUCUAAUUUGACUUAUACAGAUGACCUCAAUGAUCCGCAAUCACAGAAAUUUCUCCUGCAAGCAGAAGUGAUCCAAAAUUAUUUCACAGAAAUAUAUGAGUCUUCCUCCUUGGGAAAGUACUACCUGAAGUCUGUAGUGGCUGCUUUCAGUGAAGGAGACUCUGGACUUCGAGCUUACUACUGGAAUAUGUUCUGGGCACCACAAGAUAUGGUUGCUUCUUUUAAAAAACCAACCCCAGUGCAACAAAAAGAAAUAAGUAGUAAACAAGCAACUCAUACAUUCAGUUCUACAACUGAGGAAGAUUUUGAUCUUGUAACAAUGGAGCUUUUUGUUUCAGAUUCCACAGACUAUGAUGUGAUGCUAAAAUCAGCAGUAUCCUUUGACCUGUAUGCCAAGCCAGGGAACAACAGGACUCUAACUCUGAUAAAUCCCAAAAAGUCUUUUUACCAAUGGAGACUGCGAGUUCCUUCUAACUGUGUGGUGAGACUGGUAGUUAUCACUUUGCAUGGUGUCACUCCAGAGAGCUGUGCAUCACACCACUUAUCAGCCUAUGAUUUCCUUCUUCCUCUGCAGAACAAGAUCAUUACAAGAUGGUGUGGACCUGGGGCCUGGACCCCUUCUGUUGUACGUUUAACUUCAUCAAGUAACGUGAUGUUACUUACCUUCUCACUGGACCGAAGAGAAGAAAGCAGUAUAUUGAAAGCCCACUUUCAAGCUAUUCCUAAAAUCAUGUGUGGCGGCCAUCAUGUUUCCUGGAACGGGACACUCAGUUCCCCUUAUUACCCAAGUUACUACCCACCAAACAUAGACUGCAGCUGGAUCAUCAGAGCACCAUUGCCUGGCUACAAGCUCUUAUUAAAAAUCCUCAUAAUACAAAUUCAAGAGAAGUCUCCAGGAUCCAGCAAAUGUGAUAAAGACUGGUUAGAAAUUGAUGGGAUCAGAUACUGUAAAGCUCACUCAGAAAACAUGCUUAGAGAGUACAGCUAUUCUGUCACAAUCAACUUCCAUUCCGAUGAGCUGGUCACCCACAGAGGAUUUUAUAUUGAAUACAAAGCCUUCAGACACACAGACCGUUGUGUUCCAGAACAAUUGGACUGUGGUGAUAGGAAGUGUAAGCAUCAAUACAAGACUUGUAAAGAUGAUGACAGCUGUGGGGUGGACAGUGAUAAAAACAACUGUUCCUACAAAAGUUGCUCCCCUUAUGCAUAUAGAUGUCUUAAUGGAAAAUGCCUAUUGAAACCAAAUCCUGAGUGUGAUGGAAAAAGAGACUGUGCAGAUGGAUCUGAUGAAGCGAAUUGUGCUUGUGGAAGACACCAGUUUAGGAAAAACAGAAUUGUUGGAGGUGCAGAUGCAAGAUCUGGAAAGUGGCCUUGGCAAGCAAGUUUACAGAUGGGAGGACACGGCCAUGUAUGUGGUGCAUCUGUUAUUUCCAGCAAGUGGCUCAUAUCUGCUGCCCAUUGCUUCCUGGAUUCUGAUUCUGUGAGAUACUCCAUUCCUUCAGGAUGGAGAGCAUAUAUGGGCUUGCAUACUAUUAACGAAAAGAGCAAUCGUGUAGUUGUGAGAUCAAUCAAAAGGAUAAUUGUCCACCCACAGUACGACCAAUCUAUCUCAGACUAUGACAUUGCCUUAUUGGAAAUGGAGACGCCUGUAUUCUUCAGUGAGCUGGUACAGCCCAUUUGUUUACCCAGCACAUCUAGAAUAUUUGUUUAUGGAACUGUCUGCUAUGUAACUGGCUGGGGAGCCAUAAAAGAAAAGAGUCACCUUGCCAAAACACUGCAGGAAGCUCCAGUGAGAAUAAUUAACCAAAGUGUCUGCAACAAGCUGUAUGAUGAUCUUAUCACAUCACGUAUGCUGUGUGCUGGGAAUCUCAGUGGUGGUGUUGACGCAUGUCAGGGAGAUUCCGGAGGUCCCUUGGCCUGCACAGGACAGGGGAAUAGAUGGUACCUUGCUGGCGUUGUGAGCUGGGGUGAAGGAUGUGCUCGGCGCAACCGCCCUGGCGUAUACACUAAGGUGACGGCGCUUCACGACUGGAUUCAUCGGAACACAAACUGA